AAUAGAUCCGCACAUGGAUUAAUUUCGUAUGAUGGUCCCUCCAUGACUCAUUAUCAUAUAUGGGCUAAUCCAGUCCCGACUGAUACUUGUUUGGCAUUGAUCGCAUAUAAUAUUGGUAUAUAAGACCUGAUCGUUAAAUUCGAGACUCUAUUCUCUAUCACCGAGCAGACAGCAUCAGCACUAAGCCACCCUGAAUCUUUUCUACUCAAAAUAUUGAUUACCCGAAGUUCUGCAUAAUCAAAAUGCCCGAGGAUCGAAAACCCAGAAUUCUGAUUAUCGGCGCUGGGUCCAUGGGGAUUCUCACCGGUUAUCACCUUAGUCUUGCUGGAACCGACGUGACAUUCCUCAUCCGCCCACAUCGCGCCAAGGCGUUGGAUAAUCCUCAGAUACUCUAUUGCUACGAUGAUAACAAGUUGAAGGAGUAUAAGCGUUACAGUUACAUUACGAACCCGUCACUGAUACUUGGAUCGAACUAUGACUAUAUUGUUAUUGCACUCGAUGGUGCCUCUUUGCGGAACGAGGCAGGUGUAGACUUGGUGAAGACGAUAGGCGAUGCUGCACGCGGGACUAAUACAAAAGUCGUCCUUGGUUCCAUAUUCUUUGACUUACGCGCUUGGUUCCUUCAGGUCUCAGGACUAGCGGGCGAACAAGUAACCAACGGGCAUCUCGAUAUUCAUGCCUACUCCACGAAGGCGUUGACUCUACCACUAGAGGCCCCUGCGGAUCCAAAGCUGAUCGCAAAGGCUGACUUCGCCUACACGGACAAGCUAGACGACGGUUUCACCCUCGACGACAGCUCACCUGCCGUUGCAAAUGGGUUUGCAGAGAUCUACAAUGCUAGCGGGAUUUCACGCUGCGCCGUCAAGCCUGUACUAGAAUCCGCCGUUUCCAUAAAUCCCUUGUUUCCCGUCUUUGCGGCAUGCGAAUUGAUGGACUGGCCGAAGUUUAGAGAUAUCGAUGGAGAGGAACUAUGGAGUCUUGUAGUAGCAUCAGUGAGGGAAAUCCAGGAGCUCGACAUCCAUGGGGAGCUGGGUAAGCAGGUUGCUAGAACGACGACUGAAGCUGGACUUGCCGCUUCCCUGGCGGCGUGGGAGAAACACAUGAUUCCGUUCGACUUACAAGCGUUCAAUCGCUUCCAUCAUGGCGAGAAGCUAAAGGCCCAGGGUCGGGAACAUUUGCAAGUUUGUAUUUCUUAUGGCGCAGCCGAGGGGAAGCCAAUGCCGGCACUGAAAGACCUGUUACGACGCGUUCAAGAACACGAAGUGGCCGCGGCGUGAAAAACAACAUGCUGUAGUUAAUGCUAUACCAAAUACCAAGCUAACCCAACUGGUCUAAACAGAAGUUUAUAGAAUCUUUUGAAGCUACUAUCCUCCAAUUAAAGGGAUGGGUAUGACAUAUUAAAUAAA